AUGCGUGACAAAGAAGAUAAAAGCUACUUUCUUUACGGUUUUGGACACAAGCCCGAGCAGCUAUGUCUCGGCCAUCUGUCUUUCGGAACAUACUCCAAACCGAUAAAGGAUUCCUUGUGGGCGGAAGAAGCCCAUAAAUGGGCAAACGUUACUAGAAUUGACAAUCAGUGGUUCCGAACGAACCCAUCGAUUCAUAUAUCAUGUGAUGUCAAUGCUCUUGACUUAGUUACCCUGGGAGCCUCAUUCGUCAAGUCCCGGGAAAUGUUCGUACAUGCGAAAGCAGGGCGGAAGGUCGAGCUGAAAGAUCCUCGAGAGUUUCUGUCUGAGAAAGUCUUGGAAGCAGGCCGCUGCCGAGAAACACUCGAGAGAUGGCUAGUCCUCGACAAAUUCUCUUUGAAAAACGCGCUCAGUCGACCUAAAAUUUGGUAUCUGACUGGCCUCUACGAGUUGGAAGAUACCAUGAGUCUGAUAGGAGAUACCAAUACGAUUGGACUUCGAGGCGGUGUCUCCGCUGAACUACUCGCCCUUCUGGCCGCAGCUCCAGUAGGUGCGAGUGCUGAAGUCGCACGAGCAAAACUGCAAAUGCAAAGUGUCCAAGUUAAAGAACCACUUGUAUGGGCCGCAAGGUAUCAGUUACUCGAUGCGAAGUAUCUGUAUGUUGAAGAUGAUGAUCCUGUGCCUCAGAAUCUGGUCAGACUCAGGGGGUCGCCUAAACUUUCCAAAGGGGGUUUCCGUGACUCCGAAAAGGAUGUUAACUGCGCUGAGCUCUCCCUGGUUGAGCCUAAUCCUGACUUAGCAAGGGAGGGAGACUAUGAGGAAUGUGAGGAAUAUUGGGAGCCAUUUCUUGCGGCACAGAAGGAGUUAGAGAAGGUUGAAAAGAGUGGACAAGAGGAGUAUUAG